AUGGUGGCUGCAACCCUCAAUUCCAAGAAGUACGUAGUAGACGCCUUCCAGGGCAUUAAGUACAAGACUAGCAAGGAAGUGGAGAAGGAGGGAGAUGUAUCGACCACUUUGCACCAGACCACACUUUCCGAUCCAAAUCGUCAGAAAUUUGAAGCG